AUGGCUGCUGCCAAGAGCAACAGCAGCUGUGAAUCCUUGAAGCAACCCUGCAAUUGUUAUGGAGUUUCAAGCUUGACUGAAACCAUUUUGGACACAGACCAGACCUCUAAUUUGAAAGAUAGGUAUGUCCUUGGAGAGCAGUUAGGUUGGGGACAAUUUGGUAUUAUUAGAGUGUGCACUGAUAAGCUGACUGGAGAGGUAUUGGCAUGCAAAUCGAUUUCCAAGGAUAGAUUGGUGACGUCAGAUGAUGCAAGGAGUGUCAAGCUUGAGAUUGAAAUAAUGACCAGGUUAUCUGGGCAUGCUAAUGUUGUGGAUCUGAAGGCAGUAUAUGAGGACGAGGAUUAUGUUCACUUGGUAAUGGAACUUUGUGCUGGAGGGGAGCUUUUUCACCAGUUAGAAAAACAUGGCCGAUUUUCUGAGGCUGAAGCUAGGGUUCUCUUCAGGCAUCUUAUGCAAGUUGUUCUAUAUUGUCAUGAAAAUGGAGUGGUUCACAGGGAUUUGAAGCCAGAGAAUAUCCUCUUAGCUACAAAAUGCUCAUCAUCACCGAUUAAACUGGCAGAUUUUGGUCUUGCAACCUACGUCAAGCCUGGUCAGAGUUUGCAUGGGACUGUUGGGAGCCCAUUUUAUAUAGCUCCUGAGGUACUGGCAGGAGGCUAUAACCAGGCUGCUGAUGUUUGGAGUGCGGGGGUGAUUCUCUAUAUUCUUCUUAGUGGGAUGCCACCAUUCUGGGGUAAGACCAAGUCAAGGAUAUUUGAUGCUGUGAGGGCAGCUGAUCUGCGGUUUCCUUCCAAUCCUUGGGAUCACAUAACUGCAUCCGCGAAGGAGUUAGUCAGGGGUAUGCUUUGCACAGAUCCCUCACAAAGAUUUACUGCUCAGCAGGUGUUAGAUAAUUCCUGGAUGAAGUAUGAUGGACCGUAUCCUGAAGAACCUAGUCAACAUGAAAAGCAAAGUUGUGAAGAAUGGGAUUCAGGUGGCAGCUCAUUCUCCAUAUUGAUGGCCAGGGAUCAGGAUGUCAGCUUUGGUGCUGGAUCACCUAUCAUUCAUGAUGUUCAGUCUCCUACUUUCACGUGCAGAUCAUCAUUCUCUUCUUUCCUAGCGGAGCCAUCAACACCUAGCUUUGAAUCUGGUGGAUUUUCUUUUCGCAGUUGUGAUGAUUCAAAUGCUUUGCAAUUCGUGUCCCCUGUAUCCUCAAUGCCAAGCUUUGCAUUCUCCAGCCCUGGUCCUGUAGCUGAUCCAGGGAGUUCCAUAUUAGAAUUCUCGAGCAACAUUUCUAGGAUAGAUGAUGCAAUUUGCCGAGGCAAUCAAUUUACAGAGAGAAGCUUGGGGAAGAUGCUUCUGUUGCCGGAGGCUUCUCUAUGUUGUGGAAAUGAAGCUAGAGGAAUGGAAAACAGACCAGUUGAAGUUAAAAGAGCAGGAGCAGCGAUUGGGUCCAGGAUGUUGGGCAUACACAGUAAGAGGAACCGUACUAUUGGGCUCGGUGAACGUGAACAACUUGAUCUCACGGUGACUGAAUCAGUCAUCCGCUGGGCAUCCUGCACCCAUCUUGAAACUGCUCCAUCUCUAAGGUCCUCACUUGUCUGUUGA